AUGGAGCUCUCGGGCACUCCCAAGUCCCAGUGGUUCCAGUUGGGUGGUGCGAUUCCAAAGCCAGAUUUGACGGAUUGCAUACGAGCUGGUGGUGCCGUCCUCCGGCCACCCAACUAUGACAAGUUAGGCACUGAUAGGAUUGGCGAAGAACUCAACCCCGACGCGUGUAUAUGGAGGCUGUAUGCCGAAGAGGCGAAGGAUUAUGACACUGGGAUGGCUCAAGAGCGCAAUAAGAACCUGGAUACUAUGCUCUUAUUUGCCACACUCUUCUCCGCAAUCGUGACUGCAUUCAUCAUCGAAUCAACGAAUCUCCUUGAACAGGAUUCUUCAGAGAUUUCGACGCAUCUCCUACUACUUCUCGCCCGGUCGCAGCAGCACACAGAGACAAAGUUUAAUGAUCCCGCGUCGAAUCUUGCCGAAAUCCCUGAGUUUGUGCCGUCAGCCGCCGUCCGAUUAAUUAACGUGCUUUGGUUUGCUUCUUUGAUAAUCUCUUUAGGGGCUGCCGUAAUGGCCAUCUUGGCCAAAGAAUGGUUAAGCGCAUUCAUUUCUUAUCGCACACAACAUUCACAUAAAUAUGCGCUCGAGCGCCAAGCUCGUCUUACAUCUCUGGAUGCAUGGAACAUGCGCCCUAUUAUCGAUCUUCUUCCGACGGUUCUGAAUAUCGCACUAUUCAUAUUUUCGCUAGGGUUAAUUGUGAGGUUAUGGUUGUUGGAUUUUGUCGUAGCAGGCAUCAUCACGGUUAUCAGCGCCCUUGUGUGCGCGAUCUAUUGCUACUUCGUACUCGCAGGCGCAUUUUACCGAACCUGCCCGUACAAGUCACAACUAUCGCACUACCUUCAAAGAAUUAUGUCCCAGCAUAUGCUUCAAUACUUCGAUACCAGCAUUUUAUCGACCUUGGAUGCACAGAAACGCGUAGAACCUCGAGAAAUAGAUUUGCUAACUUGGCUCUUCAGCACUUCCAGUGACCCCGUGCUUCGAGGCUACGUCACCCAGGCGCUUGCUGGCCUCAAAUCACUUAAGGUGAACCUGAAUAUAUUUCCUAAUGGAGAUAUUGUGGAGCUUCGUGACCAAUACGCACAAAAUAACAAGAUACUCGACGCUCUCUUUAACCUCGGCGCUCAUGCUAUAAAUCAACUUCAAAUGGCGCCAACCAGGGGUCGUAACGAGCUGGCAUCAUGUGGAGGUUCGAAUAUUGCCAGACUCGCUGUGGCUAUGAGUGAGAUCUACCCCUAUGCGUUGACCUGGCAACGUGUCUCCGAAAAUAGUACCGAAUCUCAAACCGGUCCCUCACUGGAUGCUCGGGGAAUCGCCUCAAAGGAGAUUUUGGGGGACGGCAUUAUUGGGCAAACAGUAAACUGCGGGAGUUUACUUAGCAGCAUGAGUAAUGCAUGCAAAAUUACCAACAGCAUCUUCAAUGCACUGGACUCGAUUUGGACCGAAACAUCGCCCGCCUUAACCCCGAGCGCUUAUGCAUAUUUGGUGACCGCGGAACUCAAAAUGUUGAGGCAAGCCGCUACGUUCCUAAGCCAAGAUAGAUACACAGGGCAGAGCAAGCCCUCAGCUUCGGGCCACAAAACGGUAGAAAUGGAGACUCCUAUUAACCAGCAAAUCACACUGAGUUUGGAUAAGGAUGAACUUCAGGAGCGUUGUAGUCGUGCUUUAUCCCGAGCAGCUCUGGUCAUCAAGUCCAGUUAUGAAGAUUUGAUAUCUAAGAGUGGACAAGAGACUCAAUCUGCUACCGUUGGACUGCUACUGGAAGCAAGAAAACUGGUCGAGCAUAUGAAGCCUAAUUCCAACAGCGUAUUAUGUCGGUUCGGAACGGCCCCUUCCUCACACGUACUAAACGAAGAGAUCUCCAUCACAGUUAUAACCGAGAACAAAACCUUACGCUGUGUUAACUGCAAAGUAUUAGCACGAAACCUUGAGCUUAUGGAAAGUCUGGUAGAGCUGUGUAGGAAUGACGCCAGCGUAGAUAGCCUCCGUCUCGAGACCUUCCGUGUUGAAGCUUUCAAUUUGUUACUCACAUUUUGGCCGGCAUACCUUGAACAAUCAAGAAUGGACGAGGGCAUUAUCCGCGAACCGUAUGCUUGGGAGGCUCUCAAAUGGGACGUAGUCCCGUUUCAAGAUACCCCAUAUAAUUUACAAAAAUCAGCUGAAAUCAUUAUUUAUCAAACUAUAGUACUCACGUAUGUGGCUACAUUUCUCUGGGAAGGUCCCGAGAACAGUUGGUCAUGGGAGCGCCGAGGGGAACUCAAGUUGUUUCAGCUCACGCUUGGCGUACUUUUCUCAGGAUCAAGAAAUUUGCCGACAAUAACCAAAAAGCUAGGAGAGAGCACUCUGGGUACGAGACCCAUCUAUCGCCAGUGGCUACCAACCAACGAGACUCUAGAAAAAUGGAUACGCACCAUCUCUGACUGGUACCUAAUUGAUUCCCGUCUUCAGUUUGUGAUAAAUGAUGACACCUCCAAGAGGUUAAGUUGGUGCAUUGCUUGCCUAGUGACAACUACGACAUCCCUUACCGGUCCCGCAGUAGAUAUAUUUGCUCAGUCACGAUUGGUACACUUACCUGUAGAAAGCGACCGUGCGACCCUUGGAGACCCCUGGCGUGGGGUAAACUGGGCUGUGGCAUUUGUUCACGCAGCUUCACAAGCCUCUGACAGUCGUAGCUCACCGGUGAUACGAGGCCUACUCGGACAAGUUACCAGUUACAUCAAGGAGACUCCUCUAGAUCGUAAUGCCUACCUGCGCGACUUUACACACGGACAAGGCUUUGAUAUUCUCACGAAGCUUGGAAGGGCUGGAUCAGAUGAUGAGGCCGUUGUGGAUAUCAUAAUGGCCGUUAUAGAGAAGCUGCAUAUUGCUCGGCUUCAGGUAGAUCUGGGAACUAUGCCCUUACUCCUUGAAACCAUGUGCUAUGUAUGCGAUGCGGGUGAUCAAUACCGCUCGAAUUCGUUUGUUGGGGAUCUCAUGUUUCAGCUUGAGGUAUUAUCCGAUGAAGUUAUCCAGUCUACUACUGCGGAUAUUCUCCUCUCUGUCCAGAAGAUCUUGAAUAAUUUAGGGAGAUGGAGAGGGGUGCUUGCACUCCCAUCAGCGGAAUGGGGCACUCCAAUAGGAUUACACAUCUAA